AUGGGUCUUCUGAACUCCCUCCCGAAGCUACCCCUCGUCGGGUCGAUCCUCAUAGUCCUCUGCUCGCUCUUCACCCCCACGACCGCCUACACCGAACUCGGCGACGAGGCCCUCCGCGCGAUCCCCUCGGGUGGCGAUGGUUUCAACAUUGACACCGGCUCGCUGCUGGCCCCCAUCCUGAUCCCCCGCGUCCCCGGCACCCCAGGCUCGCUCAAGGUGCAGCAGCACUUUGUCGACUUCUUCCGCGCCAACCUGCCCGAGUGGAUCAUUGAGUGGCACAACUCGACUUCCAAGACGCCCGCGACCGGAGAUAAGGAGAUACCCUUCACGAACCUCAUCUUCCGCCGCGACCCGCCGUGGGCCAAGGGCGGAGAUGUCGAGUAUCUGACGCUCGUCGCGCACUAUGACAGUCUAUACCACCCGGAAGGGUUCAUUGGGGCGAUUGACAGUGCGGCGCCUUGCGCGAUGCUGCUUCACGCGGCGAGGAACAUUGAGGAGGCUCUGGUGAAGAAGUGGAAGGCAAUGGAGGCCUCAGGUGACGCUGGGAGCGGGCUUGAAGAGGAGAAGGGCGUCCAGAUCAUUCUGCUUGAUGGAGAGGAGGCAUGGGUGUCGUGGACGGACACAGACUCGCUCUAUGGAGCUAGGUAUGUUGGGUGGAUCUCUGCGGCGCUCGCCAAGAGCUGGGAAGACUCUGUUCACCCUGAUGGUCUGUACAAGACUCCUCUUUCGUCCAUUAGCCUCUUCCUUCUUAUCGACCUUCUGGGUGCCCCUAAUCCCCGGAUACCAUCGUAUUUCCCUUCCACGCACUGGGCGUAUAAGAAGAUGGCAAAGAUUGAACAUCGCAUGCGCGAACUGGACAUCCUAGAAACCAAGCCGAAACAUCCCUUCCUGACGGACUGGAACAAAGAGAAGGUGGGCUUCGGUGGUGGGUACGUCCUAGAUGACCACGUGCCGUUCUUGCAGCGAGGUGUCGAGAUCCUGCACAUUAUCCCGACGCCGUUCCCGGACGUUUGGCAUAAGAUUGAGGACGAUGGUGCCCACCUGGACCUGCCGACAGUAAGGGAUUGGGCGCGUAUCCUCACGGUUUUCGCGGCAGAGUGGAUGGAGUUAGAUGAGCACCUAUCCAAGCAGAUAGAGGGUGAGGCUGCUAGCGAUUCGAGCGACGUCAAAGAUGAGCUAUGAUUUAUAUAGUUUGAAGCAGUGCAUUUAGACCACAUAGAUAACCCUCCACUUUCGCGAUCUCAUAGCAACAAGUUCGUCUAUGCCCCAAGGUAGAACAGGCUUCAUGACCCUAUUGCAAUCAUUGUGUCUCCAAAUUCCUUUACAGAUAUCGCCUCAAAAUCUCCAACAUCAGCGAGCCCUGUCCAUACCUCUUAUACUAGUUUAGCAACCUCAAAGCUGGUUCAUUGAGAACAUCUUUUCGAUAUUCUUAGCCUUCAAGGGUCCCACUAUGGAUGGACCGUGCACGGUCGGUAGUUCGUAAUGGACACGAAAGCUGUCCAUAAGUGAACGGCCUGUGAUGUGAAGCUCCCACGCCCAAGCCAAAGCUGCC